AUGUCCUAUCCUGUCUACUAUAAAGAGCCAAUUAGGUGGCUGAGAUAUUACGCUCACAAUAGGCCUCACUUGUUUUUCGCAGGGUGCAUAGCAGUAAUGGGGCCUGCUAUGCUUGUGACUAUCACCCCCUUGCGGCGAAGGUUUCUGUACGACGACCUUGCUCCUCUUCCAUUAGACGGCUACCCCAUCCCGAAGGGCCCACGCAAGAAGGUGACUGGCUACGACGACUGA